AUGAAGGAUAAAAAUGAGGCGAAGAGCGAUGAAGCCGAACAGAACAACAGGAACAGAAACAGAAGCAGCAGCAACAACAGCUACAGCGCCCCCAAGAGUCUGACAGCGAACGACGCCUCCACAAAGUCCUGCAGGGCUUCCAGCAGUUCCAGUAAACAGACAGCAGCAUCUCCUCCUCUGAUAAGCCCCGACCUACAGGCCGCCAACAGAGACCCAUCAUGCUGUGCGGUGGUUCCUGGUCAGGAGAUGCUGUUGGAGAUCUGUAAAGGUCGAUCAGGACUCGGACUCAGCAUAGUGGGAGGAAGAGACACACAGCUGGACGCCAUAGUGAUCCAUGAGGUUUAUGAGGAAGGAGCUGCAGCCAGAGACGGACGACUGUGGGCAGGAGACCAGAUACUGGAGGUGAACGGGGUGGACCUGCGCGGGGCGUCCCACGAGGAGGCCAUCGCCGCCCUGCGUCAGACGCCGGCAAAUGUUUGUCUGACGGUGCUGAGGGACGAGGCUCAGUACAGAGACGAGGAGAACCUGGACCUCUUUAAGGUGGAGCUGCAGAAGAGGAGCGGCAGAGGGCUGGGACUCAGCAUCGUCGGCAAGAGGAGGGGCAGCGGUGUAUUUAUCUCCGAGGUGGUCAGAGGGGGCGCCGCUGAGCUGGACGGCCGUCUGAUGCAGGGAGAUCAGAUCCUGUUGGUCAAUGGAGACGACACGAGACACGCCUCCCAGGAAACUGUCGCCGCCAUUCUGAAGUGUGCUCGGGGUCCGGUCCUGUUGGAGCUCGGACGACUCAAAGCUGCAUCCUGGAUCUCCUCCAGACGCAACUCACAAGGAAGCCAGAUGAGUCAUGUGAGUGGGAAUAGCUCAGGUGUAGCAGCUCCGCCCCUCACCACCACCUCAACACCGUGUGACCCAGUGACCCCUGACCCCCGACGUCGACCAACACCGGCCCCCUGCCCCUCAACAACAACUCAAAGUCCACCAGUGACAUCACUUCCUGCUCUAACAGCACAGGGUUAGAUGCUGGUGUCCGUACAGUGGAGAUCAAAAGGAGUGUCAGUGACUCCCUCGGGGUGAGUAUAGCGGGGGGGAAGGGCAGCCCG